GGCGGGCGGGUUGGCUGCUGCUGCCGUCGGCGAGGCGGCGCAUGCUCUGGGGCGGCAGGCGUGUGGCGGGGGUCGGGACGUGACGUGCGUAGUGCAGACGGACAAGAUGGGGUCAUCUGCUGUGUUGGGCGCGUCCAACAACAGCCGGACACGGAUGCCCGUUUUGCCACCCAUCGCUACCCCAAACGGACGAAAUUUGGAUAAAGCGGACGUCCGGUUGAGAUCGUGCGGUGGAGUUGGCCUUAUUAUAGAUUCAGCACUUGGAAGCUGAAGUAACACUACAGAAGUUCUCUACUCUUUUACUCUUUCUAAUGCCUUUUCAUCUGGAGCAGUUUAAUUUAUUCAGUACACGACUUGUCAUCUUCUCCCUAUGUAAAUCUUCAGCCUGGCCAUUCUAUUUUGAAAUGAGUUACAGUAUCAUGGACUUGCAUAUUUAACCCCAUCGGUAACAUGUUGGGUUUAUGGGAUUUUGCUUGCCUUCUGCGAGCAAACUUCAGGUGAAAAGCAGGCACAAAAUGCAUCAGAUCAAGUGUUGAUGGAGAUUGUACUAAAGAGGCUCGAGAGCCAAACAUGUGACGUUGUUUGCAGAUAUCGUUUGCAUGAUCAACUUUCACUGGAUAAGGGCAUGCUUAUAGACGAUCUAGAUUCAGGUUGUCAAGCAGGAGCACUCAAAGUGCUAAGUGAAGUUGAUGAAGAAAUGGAAAGAGAAGACUCAUCCAUACAGGAAAAAUUGGAUAUGGAGAAUAAAGGACUUCAGCAAAAGGAGGGUGGUUCAUGCCCAGCUUCUGCUCGAGGUGCAGCAAUAGAUGCAGCUGCAUCAACAGCGGCAAUUUGUGGUGAUUCAUUCGCAGUUCAUCUUCUAGACCAAGCCCCGGACGUCACUCACCUUACUUAUAGUCUAUACAAGGCCUUCCGUGCGGUCACCACUGCUGAGCGUCUCCAUAUAGCAAAUUUAUAUGGCCAAGCACCUUUGGUGUGGUCGCCACGGCUGAGCCCUUAUAUGUUGCAGAUCUUAUAUGGCCAAGUUUGGUUCUGGUUUGAGAGAAAAGAAGUGCUCUUAAUUAAGGUAAUGGUGUCUUCCAAGAAGGGAACAGGCAAGUGCAUAAGCUAGGUAGAGACACGUUAAUAACAGUAGGAAUCAAAAAGAUCCAUUGGAAUAUAAUCCACAAGCUGGUGCCCUGGUGAAGAAAUUAGUGUAAGUUAAGGAGAUACAGUAGAUGUUGACCAUUAAGGGCUUAAUGCCAACUGUAGUACAUCAGAUUUGGCAGUGGAUCAACACUGAUUUGCUUCUUGGUGUUUGUUUUUCA